GAUGCAGUCUAGUGGUCUGGUUCUGUCCUCUGUGAGGCAGAGAUGACAGGUCUAGAAUUUGUAGGCAUUAAGUUCUAAGAUCCUGAAAGCCUAGGAAGCCUAGGAAGCCUAGGAAGAGUGAUGGCUCGUGAAGUUUAGAUUAUGUUGAACCCUACCUUUAUUCUGUGGGAUGUUGGAUAUCCCUUGUACACUUAUGGCUCCAUUAUCAUUAUUGCAUUAAUUAUUUGGCAAGUGAGAAAGACUCACCAAGAUUUAAGGUUGGGACCUAACAGGAGCUGCUGCCGGCGUCACCGGAAAGUCAAACAAAAGGCGAAAGAUAAAACAUCAAGAGCAAGGAGACUUUCCUGGAAAGAAGCUGAGAAGCCGUGGGAGCUGCUCUCUGUCAUGAGAAGCCAGGGCUGGCUUCCUCAGGAGGGGAGUGUGCGACGGCUCCUGUGUGCAGAUCCCUGCUGCCACAUCUGCAAUGCUGUGGCUCUGGAGAUUCAGCAGUUGCUGUCGGGUGAGACCACCCACACCACCCCAGCUUCAUCAGGGCCAUCUCAGGGAUCCUCUUGCUUAGAGAUUAUGUCCAUGUCUAGUCUCUCUUUUGAUCAGAGUCAGGAUUCUGUGCACUCCAAAGAGCUUUCACUUCCACCAGCAGCCUGCGCAGUGUCACAGCUAACACAUCAGAAAUCCUUAACCCAGUCAGUUGCUAAGACAGCUGCCAAGUCAGCCAGUGCAGUCAGCAUCCAUGAUUACUGGGCUGACCACCGGCAACUAAGGCAGGGAUUUCAAGGGCCAGAGGUGUCCUGGGAUGCCGAAGUUCUGUCUUCUUCAAGCCUUGAAGAGCAUAGGAUUCCUGUGAACCAGCAAGACAAGAAGAAGAGGAAUUCCGAAUGUGUCCCAGAGAAACAAGAAGCUGCUGAAGCUGGCUUGGGAGACAAGAUGAAGCACUUUACAAACCGGAUUCACCCGAAGGUGAAAGUUCAAGGGCAUAAGGAAUCCGUUCACCUCUCUAAGGAUGAGAAAGUGGCCAAAACCAAGACAAAAAAGGUUGAGAAGAGUCCACCACCCACCAAACGCCCUGUGAAGGGGGCUAAGUCGGAGAAGACAGCAGAGGAGGAGGGCAUGGCCUUCUUUGAUGCCCUCCAAUGCCUUGACAACGAGUUCCAGCAACGCUCCGUUCAGUCCAGCCAGUCCUGGACCCUGUGCCUUUCCCGCAACAGCUCAAAGCACUGUCCUCAGCUGACUUGUUCUACACAUUCAAAAAACCCACCCCAUGUCUCAACUCUUACCUCAGCAGAAGCCACUUGUCUACACAAGGAGAAUACCCAGUCCAGGAAAAAGGAGUUCACAGAUUCCUAAACUUCUGCAUCCUCCUGA